AUGCAGGAGGUCGACCUCCGGGUUGACUGCGCCGCCGGGUGCGGCAUCGCCGAGAUCAUUCCGCGCCGAGGUUGCCCUGCAGCGCGAGACGGGGAAGAGCGGGGCGGCGGCAGCACGGCCACAGCGCCGGCACGGGGUCAGUCGGGACAGGGCAACAAGUCUGUUCUGCUCCAAAUGCGGGAGGUCGACCUCCGCGUCGACUACGUCGCCGGGUGCACCACCGCCGAGGUCUCCAUGCCGCGGCGCCGGCAUGGGAUGAUCCAGGGCAGGGCAGGGCGAGCGCUAGGACGAGGGCUACGGGAUUUGGAGCGGAGGACUGAUUGUGGAGCCAGACAUGGGGGAGCAAGGGAAGGAGACCGGGGAAACCACGUGCACCCCCAGCGGCGAGAUUAG